AUGGAGAAGAUUGUGUUUUAUGAAGGUCAAGACUUCCAGGGAAAGUCCUACGACUGCAAAGGGGACUCAGCUGACCUGUACAGCUACAUCCGCCGAUGCAACUCUGUGAAGGUGCAGGUCCAGUAUAUAAUUGGCCCUGGAGAGUAUACUGGCUAUGGUCAAUGGAUGGGUUUUAAUGACUGUGUCAGAUCCUGCAAAAUUAUCAAAAACUGCAAAGGCCCAUUCAAGGUCAAGCUAUAUGGACGGCCAAACUUUAACGGUCCGACUCUGGAGGUGACAGAUAAUAUGAAUUCCUUGUUAGAAAAAUGGUCAUGUCAAGUCAUGUCCUGCAAGGUCCUCCAGGGUUCUUGGGUGUUCUAUGAACACCCCAACUUCAGUGGUCGGCAGUACCUGCUGGAGAAAGGGGAGUAUGGAAGUCCUAUUGAGUGGGGAGCCUUGACUGCGACUGUUGUUUCUAUCAGGAGAGUCAUGGAGCAGCCAAAAUCAGACAGCUAA